AUUUACUACAAUUUCCGUAAAAAGAAACACAGGCUGUUACUUGGCUCCAAAAAUAACAAAUUUUCCGGCCACACCCCGGCCUUCAAGAUUCCACCACUCCGCCAUUGCGGCUCAACUCUAGCUCUAGAAAUUAACUCUCUCACCGUCUCUCCAUAAAACUAUUACGGAGUAUCUGAUAACAGCAAUGCCGGCGGAGGAGGACUCUACGAAACACGAAACCAAGGUAAACAUCAAGCGCUUCUCAGCGCCGUCUCCUCCUCCGCCGCUGGUGGCGCCACGGUUGUCCAUCAACGGGCGGGAUUUUACGGAAGAGAAGAGAGUCGUUUUCCCUUUCUUUAGGCCGCUAUCGCAGAGGAGCGAGAAUGCGUGGAUCAUCUCUCUGUUCGUGAUCGUCCACCUCAUUUUCUUCACAGCCACCAUGAUUGUCAACGACUGCUGGCACAACUCUCGGGGGCAGUGCUCCAUUAAGUUCCUCAGAAGGUUGUCCUUUCAGCCCCUCCGCGAAAACCCCUUGCUGGGCCCCUCCGCCUCUGCACUGGAUAAAGUUGGGGCUCUUAGGCAGACGCUAUUAAUUGAUCAUCACCAAUUCUGGCGUGUUUUCACAAGCCCGUUGUUGCAUGCAGGGCUUUUCCACCUCAUCUUAAACUUGUGCAGUGUAGUCUUCGUUGGGAUUCACAUGGAGCAUGAGUUUGGAUCACUAAGGACUGGAGUUGUAUACAUACUCUCUGCAAUUACUGCUAGUUUAGUGGCUGCACUUUUUGUUACUGAUCAAACAUCGGUAACAUCGUCUGGAGCCUUAUUUGGAUUGCUUGGUAUGAUGCUGUCUGGGCUCAUUAGAAACUGUAAAAUUUACACUAGAAAGCUUGGAGCUGUCCUUAUCUUUUUGGUGAUCUUGGCUGUUAAUCUAAUCCUCGGACUGCUACCAUACAUCAACAACUUUUCCAAUGUUGGAGGAUUCAUAUCAGGAUUCCUCAUUGGGUUUGUGUUACUAUUUGAGCCUCAACUAAGCACAAGGGCUCAAGAGAAAGGAGGUCUGUUUGAGUAUGAUCUCAAACAUAAAGUUAAAUUGAAGCAGAAGUUGGACAGACCAUUUCUCAGGGGUGCUUCUCUUGUCAUGUUCAUAUUCGUGCUUGCAGGAGUCUAUUUAGCAGUUAUUCGUGGAAUAAAUGCGAACAAGUAUUGUAGCUGGUGCCAACACAUAGACUGCCUUCCGUCCAAAUUGUGGAGCUGCUCGGACAAAGCAAUGCACUGUGAGACCAUGAUCAACUUAGAGCAGUUGACUUUAACAUGCUCAGAGAAUGGAAACUUCAGAGUUCUCCCUUACACCGACAUCUCUCCAGAAAGGAUUCAAGAUCUGUGCAGUCUGAUAUGCUAUUAGAUGAGUAAUGUGAUAAAUAUUACACGACUAACCGGUUCAAAUAUAUCUGAUGUUUACGUAUUAUUGCCUAAAAUUAGCUUUUUAAUGUGCAUGUGAUCAGCCUGUGUAAAGUUGUUCAAAAUUUGUAGCUGUGCCAAAUUGGUACACUUAAGCUGCACCUCUGGAAGUUGAAUUUUGUAUGUAUAUACACAAAACGUAAGAAAAAGAAAUAUUAGAAGCCUACUACAUGCUUAGUUUAACUUUCUUUUCCCUUUUUAAAAAACAGGUGUGAAAAUACUUCUGAAAGGAACACUUGAUAUACUUUAAAUACAAUUUCAGAUCAUA